GUGGCGCGGCGGCGGGGCGGGCGCGAUGGCGGCGGCGGGCGCGGCGCUGGCGCGGGUGCCGGACGUGGAGAUCGACGGCGGCGGCGUCUUCAACCGACCUCUACGAGCGGAUGGCGGAGGAGCUGGCGCAGCAGGGCCUGGGCUGCGAGUGCCUGGGGGGCGGCCGCCUCUCUCACCGCCCCCAGGAGAGGAAGAUCCACGUCUACGGGUACUCGGUGGGCUUUGGGCGAGCAGACCACUCCGUGACCACCGAGAAGCUGAAAGCCAAAUAUCCAGACUACGAGAUCACCUGGGCGGACGAAGGCUACUGACCGGCUGUGGCCGGGCAGCGGCACCAGCCUGGAGCUGGUGCAGCCGCCUCCAGCGUCGGGGCGGUGGCAGCGGGCUCCCCGUGCUCGGCAGUGCUCCAGCCUCUCCUGGUUUUCCUUUGUGUUGAAUUCACCCAUUCUCCACUGUCACCAGACCUCCCACCCGCCGUGGGUGCUCUCCCCCCAGCACGGCGUGGUAAAGCCUCGGUGAAGCCAGCGGGUGCUCUGACCCGGCCUCCCUGGUGGCGAGGGGGUUUGUCCCACAUGUGUAUGUGAGAAUUAAACACGUUGGGGAGUGCA